UGUUUAUCAAAUAUAAGGGGAGGCUUCAACCUGGUUAUCAUGUAAUAGUAGUGCAAUAUUUUCUCGAAAUAUUAUAUUAUUUCUUAUCUGGUUAGAUUGACUAUAUUCUUCGUUAAACAUAUUGUCACCAUCUUUGGACUCGCCCGAAGAGAGAUGGACGUUGCUGGAUUUGUGGCUGGAGAAUCUCCUUUCAGUAAUGAAGAACAUACUUUCGAAAACUGGUCUGUUCUAUUCAAAAAAAGUCACAUCCUGCCUUCAAAAUGCACCCAGCCAUGUGAUGCAAGCCAAGCUUGUUUCUAUUGUUGGUUUACAAAACAGUUACAAUUGGAACAUCUACCGGAAAUGGUCUUCCCUCAAAAUAUACUAAAGCUCCAACAUAAAUCAGGAUGUUCAAUUGAGUUUAAUGCCCUGGAGGCUCUGAGGCAAGUGAAGAAAUCUCGGGAAGAGAGUUUUACAAUUGCAUCUGCUCAGGCAUGGAGAAAAGCUCGAGAGGAUACAGGUCUUGUUGAUAAAACUGUUGGUAAUUUUGAUUGGACAUUCCGUACAGAUUAUAGUGGCACAUUUGAGGGGUGGCCACCGCCAGAAAAAACAACUGUUGGAAUAGACACUGAUCGCCUUAAGCAAAGGGAAAAGAUUUUAUUUUAUCGAGAUCUUGUGCUCUAUGAAGAUGAAUUGCAUGAUAAUGGAAUAUCUCUUUCUAAUGUUAGAAUUAGAGUUAUGGGAUGGGGAUUUUUUAUUCUGCUGAGGCAUUUCUUAAGGGUAGAUGGUGUUGCCCUUUGUGCUACAGAUACUCGCAUAUGUCAUGAUUUUUCUACUCAGUUUGUUACUGUUGAACAUUCCUCACGUCAAGGAAGUAUUCCAGAACUCAGGUUGCCGCUUUCUGUUAUAAAGGAACCUGAUGAAGUCUCUCCACUUUUGCCUCUUAUUAGCUCAAGUAUUAACAAAUACACACUGCCAAACUUAUAACAAUGAAUGCUUUGUCAUAUAUGUAUAUAUUUUCUACUAACUAUGAUUCUUUGUAUUUCUUUUGAUAUUAUGUAGUAAUUUUAAUAACUUCAGUUGUAUCUUCUUUUUUUUUCAUUGUCCUUAUAUGUUAAGAACUGUUUUAUUAUUGAUACAAAUUAGUGAAUAAAUUAUAUUAAUUUAUGAAAAUGGCUAUAAUUAAGGCUGUUAUUCAUGUUUUCUAAUUUAUAUUGAUUCCAAUAUCUAUCAGUUUAUUUUAUGAUUAGUAUAUAUUAUUUCAAUAAAUUUAUAUUGCAUUUUAAUUACUGUUGAUUAAUUUUUUUUUUAAAUAUUUGUGAACAGAAAUUUUUUAUUCGUAUUUGUACAUUCAAAGAGAUGGAUGAAAAAAAAAAACAUUCAUUAGACUAUAGAUUUAGAGAUUCCACAGUCCCAAGAAAAGGUUCUUGAGUUACGGGUACCAAACACUAUUUGGCCAUUCUCUUAUUGGAAGAUAUCCUCAUACAGUAUGGCCUCUCACCUACAUAAAAAAGGUUCUUACCCUAAGUUUUCUUGCAGAAAAUUAUUUGCUCCUCCUGUGAAGAGCCCGAAUUUUCAUGCCAGAGGGAAUGGAAGUGCUUAAUUGGGUGAUUUGUGCUUAGUUUUUGUAUGUGAGGAUCUGUCAGUACCGUUACUUAUGUAUGCUCAUAUCUAGUUAUUGCUUUUCUAUUGACAUAAAUGUUCUUUUUUUUCCUGGGUUCCAUCAUGAAGGUAAAGGCAUAACAUUGGAUGCAUCUUGGCUCAAUUAUAAUUUAUCUUUAUAAUUUUAAUUUAUUUAUAAUUUUUCUUUGGGGCUCCUUGAAGGGGCACCAAACCAACCAUGGCAAUAAAAAUUAUAUAAAACAAUUAUCUGGUAGGCACCCAGAAGUGGCCAACCAAACAACAUACUACAGUAAUAAAAAAUACAAAACAAUUAUUAUUGGAGCCUUACUUACCAAGGUGCUAAAAAUGUAUAAAAAGAAUGAUUUUUGGAACCCCCUGGCUCUGUGACCCUCGGCAAUCGCCGACCUAGUCAGACCUGGCCUGAUGCUAUUCCCCUUUUUAAAAUAUUAAAAAAAUCAAGCCGCAACAUAACAAUAUUUGUUGAUAUUUUAGUACAUUUGAAAAUGCUAUAUGUAUCGAUAUUAUUUAUAGGAUAUUUACAUCCGUUAAUUGUACAUCACUAACCUCCUUAACAAAAGAAGUUUUCUGCCUCUACAAUUAUCACCAACUUAAGAACUCCCUUGGGUAUAGGGCACAUUUGGCCCAUGUUCCAAGCUUCUGGUAUUCUUUCCUGGUUACAUAAUUUCUGGGUUAGCUAAAUUGGAUCUUAGGUCUUCAUUCACAUUUUUAAAUACAUCUCUUUAAGUAGACUAUCCACCAUUUUGUACUAAGGCCUUUUUUUAUACCAGCAGUUAUUUCCACGCCAAGAAUAUUUUUAUUAUUCUAUUCCAUUGAAGUUAUUUUGAAUUCGAAUCCACAUCUCUUUUGGAUCGAGGUCCUCAGCGGGGUUCAUUUUUUCUUUGUUUCUGGAUUUCUUUUGAUUGAGAAGCUACUGGAAAUGUUUUUUUCCAAAUUCUCAGUAUCUUUUCUUUUGAAUCCGUCAAUUUAACAUAUUUAUCUCUCAUUCACAUCUUUCACGCUUCAUGUGAUACAUUUCCUGAUGUCGGGGGGAGGAGGGAGAGGGUAGAAAUCGCAUAUAUUUGUUCCAGCUUGCCAGUUGUCUUCAACGGUUUAUACAGCCUUCUUUGAUAAAUUCUUUUACUUGUCUUUUUCUUGGUGGCUGUGUCUGUAAAUGAGAUAGAAAAUAUCUUUAUUAUUUGGGACAAUGUCCCUUUAGAACAAAAUUAAAUGAAUUUCAGAUAGUAAACUAAACAAUGUGGCCAUACUGUUUUUAUUUUAUAUGUAAAUUCGUAGAAUAUUAUAUUCUAUAAUGAUAGUAAUUAGGUAAUUUUAGACUGUUUUAUAUUUUUUAGUAGAUCAGGAUUUUUACUAAUGACAUUCUGUAUAAUUUAUACUAUUUUAUUUCCACAGUAGCUUUCGUUAUCCGUGCACCAUAUUCAUCUCUAUAAUUACAACACAUCACUAAUCAAUAACAUUAACAAUUCAUAUAUUAAAUAAUUUCUAAUUGUCAUGUUACUAUUAUCAUAUCAUGGCAUACCUUUUUAUAAUUAAAAACCAGAAGAUUAGAGCAGUGUUUUUGUUAUUCAUCUCAUAUUAUAUCUGAAAUGAUUUUAGGUUGAAAUUGGUGAUUAAUUAAAUAAAAUUGUAUUUACUGAUGUCCCAGAUAACAGGACUCCUCUUUGUCCAACACCAUCUUACUAAAUGCUGAGUAUUUACUGUCAGCAGCCUCUAUAUUUCACAACUAUUUAGUUAGCAACUAAAGUUAUCCAACUUUAUUUUAUUUGCUAUUAUAUAAGUCAUCAACAUUGAAUGAUGACUCAGAAACGAAGUUGGAUAAGGAGGGUAUAGAAGAGAUAGAAGAAACAGAUAUAAAAUGUGAAUUUAAAUUGUCAGGUGAAAGGGAAAGACUAGUGAGGGAAUGGAUAAGGUAGGUUCACAGAGGAAACGUUUUGGAUGGAUUAACCAUUUAGAUUUGGAAUCAGGAGCUGAUGAGAGGGCUUCAUCGAAGUAGGUAGCUUUUGCUCGCUGAAUCCUUGUUAAUGUGAUUUUGCAGAGCACCCUAAAUGCUUGAUAUUUGUCAACACCCGUAGCAUUGCGCCUUCGCGCCUUUUUUACAAAUUCUUAAUUUCCUGAUACAUCCAAGGUGCAGGCUGGCGAAGGGUAGUAGUUUUAAGGGGGCCAUGGAUAUCAAGGAUGGUAAGGAGGUUGGAAGUGAGAAUGUCAACCAUAGUGUCAAAAGAGGCACAGGAAUUCAUCAUAUUCUAAUCAAGUAAUUCAACAUCAGGGAAUACUUUUUCAUAACUUGAGAGAAUUCAGGUUGCGGUAUGUAAAUGUUCUAGGUUGUAUCAGAAGGAUUUGGAUAUUAUAAGAUAUUUGGAUCAGGUAAUGAGAGGAUAGAAAGGAGAAUGGUAACUGGAAAGAGGAGAGAAGGUUUUGAGGAGAAUCAAAACAUAGAAUUUCUACUAGAAGGAAUUCAACUUGUGAAUGAUUAGAGGGUGGGGAGCAAUCAAGGAUUUGGAUCUUGUGUACAAACAUGACUAUUCCAAUGCCAGUCUGGCUUACCCAGUCGUGAAAGAGGAGGGUGUAAUUAAGCAAGGAGACGGAAGAGAGCGGGAUGUAAGAUUUAUACCAUGCUUCAGAUACUGCGAUGAUAUGAUAAAAAACCUUGAAUAAAAUACUGCAGGAAUUCGUGGUAGUGGGCUGGGAGAGAUUGAGAGUUAACAUGUCAGGUGAUUAGGAUGUUAAACAUGAAACAGUAAAUAUUUGAUAGGAAGAAACUAAAACAAAUAGGAAAUACAAAAAUAUAUUUACAAUAAUUAAAAAGAAGAAAAGAAAAGGUAUAUAAAUAAACAAUAAAUAAAAAGUAUGUUAUUAAAAAUGUAUAAAUUAAUGAGUGAAAGUAAAAAGAUAAUUCUAUGUGUAGAAGAGAGAAUAUUCCCUUGCAGCCAAUUGUGAUAAAAGUUAUUUUAAUGAAGAUGAGGAGUUGACAAAUUCUAAGUAGUCAGGUGAAUACAUUGAGAUUCGAGGUCUGUCCGAUGGGGAUAACUUUAUGUCUGUCCUCCUUCUAGCAUCGCACCCUACCAUGGCGAACCAUGUGUAUUUAAUUUUUCCCCGCAGCUCUCUUCCGCAGAGCAAGCCAGUAGAGGUGCUUGUUUGUAGAAAUUAUCUCUUCACUAACAAUCAGAUAAAUCCAGUCAUUCUCCAGCUAACCGAUACCUUACUUAGAGAAGUCCUUAUCAACUUAACUUAAUGUAUAUUGGAGAUUUAAAAUUUUUAUGGAGAUAUGUAUAUUACUAGCACUCUUGCUCAAUCUCCACUGGCUUUAGCUCCAGUGGUUGAGAGAGUAGUGCAAGGAUCUCAUGGAGUCCUGCUAUUCCCUCUAUAGUCGGAGGGACAAGCCUGGCAUGGAAUUACC